UAACCCGCCUUUACCCGAGGGUUGCUCAAAGGGCGCCGACUAGAGGAGCGGCAGCGAGAGUAUUAGCUAUGGAUGGCCAGGACGUUGCGAACCCUGGUGGCGAUGAAACCCUAGUCAGGGAAGCUCCUCAGCUUGUUAAGGUUCUUAAAGAGAUGAAGGAUGGAUUGGAUGCCGUGAGGAGCAAAGUAGAAACUCUAACCCAAAAGGUGAGGCAAAAGCAAUUCCCAACAGCAGAUGGGAUGAGCUACCUAGAGGCAAAGCAUCUUUUGCUUCUGAGCUACUGCCAGUCCAUUGUCUACUAUCUGCUUCGCAAGGCAAAAGGGUUGUCAAUUGAGGGCCAUCCUGUUGUUCGGAGCCUUGUGGAGAUCAGAUUGUUUCUUGAAAAGAUUCGUCCGAUAGAUAAGAAGCUGGAAUACCAAGUUCAAAAGCUCACCCGGGCUGCUGGGAGUGUUGCAUCUGAGAAGACAGUGAGUGUCAAUGUGAAUGAGAAAGAUGAGAAACAGGAGGAGGAGGACCCAUUGAAGUACCGCCCAAAUCCUGACAUGCUUGUUAGCAAGUCAACACAGGCUGCCCAGGAUAAUGGAGGUGUUUACCGUCCCCCAAGGUUUGCUCCUACAAGCAUGGAUGAGGAUAAGAUAACAAAACAGGAGAAGCAGGCUUUGAGACGGGAAAAAGAAUUGUUGCGACAGACAAAACAAAGUUCUUAUGUUAAAGAGCUCGUGGAUGAUUUUGAAGAUAGACCUGAAGAGGUGAAAGAAAUCAUAGGAGCUGAAAGCAGAGAGCUUACGAGGUACAUAGCAAAGCGAGAGGAGCAUGCCAGGCAGGAAGAAGAGCUUUUUACUCGUGCGCCAGUUACAAAACUGGACAAAAGAAUAGAGAAGCACAUGAGGAAGUCAAGAAAUGGAUUGCUGGGCUUGACCGAUGGAUUCUAUGAUGAAAUUAGAACAUUACCUUUAGAAGAGAAGGAAGAUGGCAGUAGUACUAGCUACAUGGAUGCUAGUAGGGGAAGGAAAAAAAAUAAUAAGCGCAAGAGGAAACACUAAGAAGCAAUCCCCAGUGGUCAAAUUUUAAACAAUUCCGUUACUGCAUGGUGUUUGGCGUGCAAGGCCAUCCAUGGUGCUCAAGAUUUUGCUGAUUACAGUUGAUUCGAAAGGCCCACAAGUAUUAGCAUCCAUGACUUUGAUAUUGGUUGCUUUUGUCUGUUUGCCUUGCUUUUCUGCUUUAUAUUGUGGGGAUUUUGAUGUAUUUCUCCUUUGUAACUAAGAACCUUGAGGUCUUAUUAAUGUAUCUCCUGAAGAAGCUUCUUUUGAGGAUUAUUGAUUUCAGGACUGAUUCUAUUGAAGUGUUUUGCCUUGUUAUUUAGGUUAUGACAGUCAAGUUUGUACAAGUGCAUAUGUAGAUACAUAUAUAUAUAUAAAAGAAUGACUAGAUUGACUA